AUGGCAAAGGCUAAGAAAGGUAAAUCCAAGGAAGUCGAAGAGGUUGUCGAAGAAGAAGAACAAUGGGAAGAUGAUGGCCCAAAGAAGGGUGGAAAGAAGCUGCAAGACAAAGCCCAGAAGAGGGCCGAAGAGCUAGAGAAAAAGAAGCAGAGGGAAGAGCUUUUGAAAAUGGAAGAAGAAUCUACUCCUUCCAAGAAAGCAGGGAACAGCAAGAAGGCAGGUCAGAAGUACAAGGGUGGUAUUGACGAUGCUUUGAACAGCUUCGGGAGCGGUUCUAAAGGUUCAAUUGAGGCCAGUGGUAUUGAUGAUGCCCUGGGAGCUCUUUCUUUGAUUUCUAAGGAUGGUGAUGAAAUCGACAGGCAUCCAGAAAGGCGAGUCAAGGCUGCGCUCGCGGCGUUCAGUGAGAGAAGAUUGCCCGAGAUUAAGUCCGAGAACCCCGGUCUGAGAAAGCAACAACUGGAACAACUGGUUUACAAGGAAUUCCAGAAGAGCCCUGAGAAUCCAAUGAACCAGGUUUCGGCCAAGUACAAUGCCAAACAGGAGGAUGUUGAUGAGGUCAAGGCCAAGAUUAGAAAGGGCAAAGAGAUGAGAUAUCAAAAGUAG